UUAGUGUUAUUCCUGGGGUUAGAUGUUUUAGUGUUGCUCAACUGUUAUUAGGAAAAGGCGCUGGUAUUGACAAACAUUCUAACGGCUCCUACAUGACUUGUGUUAGUUGGUAGAGCCAUACUGUUGCCUUUUAAAAUUCAGGUUUAAAAUAUAUUGUGCAGUUCGGUUUUAUUCCAAUCAGAAAAAACUACAACUUCUAGCAACUCCUAAUGUUCCCGAACGCUUGAUGCUCUCCAGAUUACCUAAAAAUGCCGGAAACAAAGCGGGUAGCAGUCAUUGGAGCUGGUCCCUGUGGUCUAGGGGCCGUAAAAGCAUUGAAAGACGAGGGUUUAGAGCCUGUAUGCUUUGAGAGAACUGGCCAUCUAGGUGGCCUGUGGAGGUAUCAUGAUGACGAUGUCAACGGCAUAGCAUCUGUGAUGAAGACAACAAUCAUCAAUACCAGCAAAGAAUUAGGCGCUGCAAGUGAUUGUCCGCCUCCUGCUGAGUACCCAAACUACAUGCAUCACACAUUGAUGUACGAUUACAUCAAAAGCUUGGCUGAGAAGUUUGAUUGUGUUCGGCACAUUCGGUAUCAUCAUGAGACAUUGAAAAUUGAUAAAGCAGAUGAUUAUGAGAAAACAGGUCGCUGGGUUGUUACCAACAAGAACACACAAACUGGAGAAGUUAUCAGCGAAGUCUUUGAUUGUGUUACAGUUUGCAUAGGUCAUCAUGUAUAUCCUAAUGAACCCACGUUUCCAGGGCAAGAAGAAUUUAACGGAAAAAUUAUGCAUACGCACAGUUUGAAAAAGGUAGAUGGAUUCGAAGAUCGUCGAGUGGUCGUUGUUGGAGUUGGAAACUCAGGAAUGGAUGCUGCUGUUGAAUUAAGUGCUGUAGCCAGUAAGGUGUAUCUGAGCAGUCGGCGUGGUGCAUGGGUUCUUCCAAGAGUUGGGCCGAAAGGUCAUCCUUUUGACGCUGCAUUCGUUCGACGAUAUUUCAAUCUUUUGCAGCGUUAUCUUCCAUACGAUUUGGUUUGCAAUUUCUCAGAAAAACAACUAAAUGAAAGAUUCAACCACACGACGUACAACUUGAAGCCUAAGCACAGGGUCUGGAGCCAACAUCCAACUGUUAGUGAUACUCUACCAAUAAAACUUCUUAGUGGAACAGUUGUUGUCCGAAAUGGCAUCCAUCAUUUCACGAAAAAUGGAGUUGUGUUUGAAGGAGAAAAGGAUGAAACUGAAGUAGAUGCCGUUAUACUGGCGACUGGUUAUCGUGUUAAAUUUCCAUUUCUCAGCGACGACAUCCUUCCAGUUAAAGACAACAGAGUGCAGUUAUACAAAUUUAUAUAUCCACCACACCUACCACAUCCAACUUUAGCCAUAUUAGGACUCAUCCAACCAUCUGGUCCAGGUUUUCCAGUAGGUGAGAUGCAGUGCCGAUGGACGGCGAGGAUCAUGAGUGGACAUUUAAAUUUACCACCAAAAGAACAAAUGUAUGCUGAUAUCCGGAAAAGGGAAGAAUUUAUCCGAAAGAGAUUCGUAGAUUCCCCCAGACACACUCUUCAAGUUGAUUUUAUUGGUUACCAAGAUGAGCUUGCUGAAGAAAUCGGUGCAAAGCCCAAUUUAUUAAAACUUGCAUUGACAGAUCCGAAGCUUUUUUGGGCAGUUUUCUUUGGGCCUUCUCUUCCAUACCAGUACCGACUUCAAGGACCCCACACAUGGGAAGGCGCAAGAGAUGCAAUUUUAACUUACAAAGAGCGAGUUUACGCUCCAUUCCAAAAACCUGGUCAGGAAAUAGUACUACGGAAGAAAAAAAUCAUUAGUGGAGGUACCAUUGCCAAGCUCUUCUUUUUGUUACCUUUGAUCUGGUAUUUCUUUUUGAAUGUUGCUAUUGCUGAUUUUUGAACAAACUUCUAACUUCUAAAAUAAGAACCAUAAUUCACUGUUAAAGUUGAGCGUCAAAAAUUCUAGGAAUAAAAGAAUUUCCUUCAUACAAUCAAAGCUUGGAGUUUUUCAUAUAUUUGUCAUCAAGUAAUUUGUUGAAAAACACAUCGAUAUUUCAUAUUUUAAUGAAGGAAAAUUUUCAAAUGCCUGUUAAAAUUUUAUGUUAUGUUUAUUCCAAAUGUACAGUAUUUUAUAUUUAGAAAAUAAUACUUUUUGACAUUAAAUUUUUAAAAAAAGAAU